AUGGUCGCCAUCACUGAAGAUUUUUCUGCCCCUCGAUUUGCUAUUCUACAAGACCUCUUCAGCGACAGUAUAUCUGCACAACAAGCCGCUGGAUAUCUGGCUUCAAUCUCAUUGGCAGACGAUUCAGAUCGCGAGGGAGGAAUUUCCAGUCUAUGGAGCUUAUUAUUCAAAUGUGCAUACAAUUCCCCCGAGCACCAUGAUAAACUCGUCAGUGUGCUAGUCCAACUGUCAAAGCUCCCAAACGCAAAAGCAUCAAACGGAGACUCCAUUUUGCUCUAUGAUAUGCAAGUAUGGAAGGACCUACCAAUGCUUGGCUGGCAAUUCCGCGAUGAGUGGAAUGCAACCGUGCCAGCUGGACCUCCCGACUCUCGUCAAAACGCAAUCUCGCGUAUUGUCAACCGGGACAAAUUCACCGCACAUUUGAUGGCGACGAAAGAACCUGUCUUUGCAUACUCGUGGUUUGCCCUGAUUACUCUGCGAGGCGCACUGGAAACGCCAGCAGACCGAUCCUCCGGUGGGAAUCUAGAAGCAUUGAUUCCUGCAGCUGCUGCGUGGAUCACAAUUCUCGGGGCAGACAUCUAUCGGUGGAAUAAAGGGUCUGAUGGCAACCUAGGGAAAGGAGGUCCGCUCUGGAAAGGUCAACAUGGGUUUUCUCAGGAGAGGUGGCAGUUUUGGAAAGAGAGGUUUGGGGAGUUGGCUAAAUUUGAAGAGAUUGGAGACGAAGCAAGAAUUGCAGCAAGGGAAGCAGAGCGGAUGAUGGGAGAGAUUGAAAAGUGA